AUCAUCACAAUGCGUUCUUCUGUUGCUCUUCUGGCUGCUUCUGCCAUCGGUGCUUUUGCACAGAGCACCUCGACUGUGUCGAUCUUCAUGGGCGGACAGCCCCUUAAUGGACAAGAAUAUGCGGGAUCGGUCGUUUCUGUAGGCCCCAGCGACACCGUCUACGAAAUCAUGUGCACGGCAACUGAAGCUUGCGGCACUUACUCCAUUCCCCAAACCAUCACACUUGGCCCAUCGCACCUCAACUACCAGUUCGUCACCGAAACCAUGGGCGUCGAGGCCUCUGCCUCCGAGACUUGCCAGAUCAGUGGAACUUCUUCUGCUGUUUGCUCUGUUGUCUUUGACCUCGAAGUCGACGUCCCCGGCGUUACCUCUACAAGAACAUCCAUUGCGACCACCACGACCCUUACUGGUAGCGAGUUGGCUGGCGUGCCUGUGGCGCUGACUGCUGGCGUCGAGAAAUUGUCUGCUGCCACAUCGGNNCUUCUGGUUCUGGUUCCACUACACCUUCUGGCUCUGCCGGGUGCAUCUUCGACCAUGACGAGCGGUAGAGGCGGUAACAUCCUGGCAUUGGUCAUGUUCUCGGCCGUGUCGGUGUCUGUCGGUGCUCUUAUGAUUCUGUAG